CGCAGUUCGCAGUUUCCCACGGAGCUCACGCAAGAAGCAGAGCAAAACCUGCUCCCGCUUCCCGCUUCAGCGAAGAAGAAGACGAAGAGAAGGAGGAGAUGGGCGGCUACCGGCGGGCAGCUCGCCGCCUCCUUCUCCCGGGGCUCGUGGCGGCGGUCCUCCUGUCCCUCGCAGCGGCGCCGAAGGAGGCUGCCGCUUCGACUUCGUCCUCGGCCUUCGUGCAGAAUGUCAUCUUCUCCAACAAGAUCGCCAUCUUCUCCAAAUCCUACUGCCCGUACUGCUUACGUGCCAAGCGCAUUUUCAGUGAGCUGCAUGAACAACCGUAUGUUGUCGAACUUGAUCUUAGAGAUGAUGGUGCUCGAAUUCAAAAUGUUCUUUUAGAUCUCACUGGUCGACGCACUGUCCCACAAGUAUUUGUGAAUGGCAAGCAUGUCGGUGGCUCUGAUGAUCUCAGUGCCGCCGUGAGGAGUGGUCAGUUGCAGAAGCUCCUUGCCAGUAGUUGAUGAGGUACCAGGAACUUAGAAGUAGAAGGAUAUGACUCAUCUUUGUACAUUUUGACAUCUCAUUUUGUUAGAUAGGGUGUUUGGCUUUUGAGUAGUGCAGAGAUACAGCUUUCUGGGAUUAGCUGAGUGAGUGCUAUUGAUUCCUGCAUGCCUUACUAGGCUGAAGGUACUCCUUUAUGAAUGAAAGCAAUUUGAUACGACAAACAUGAUUGGCUUCAUGAACUCUGCUUCCAACAACUGAUUGCUCUUACUCUCUCUGAGUCUCAAUCUGGUGCUUGGGCUUGUAUUGUCAGUUGCUUUGUACUCUGGGCGGGAAGCAUAUCAUUUGUCCACAUGAACGAUAGUUGAAGCUUGGCAGAAUAAUACUUCUUUCUACUUGGGAAUUAA